AGAGGAGGAACUGUGGAGCAGUCAGGAGGGAGAGCAGCUUCAAGGGCUGGAGGAGGCUGAUAUCACCAAGUUCACAUUCACUCCUGUCCCUGUGAAGAGUGAAGAUGAUGAAGAGACACCUCAGUCUGGGGGACACCACUGUGGAGGACCAGGAGCAGGACCAGCGCCCGAAGACGAUGACGCUGAUGAUUGGACAGAGACCAGAGGACCUCAGACAGAAUUAACCCAUCUGAGUCUGAACAUGUCUGUCCCUGCCAGUGACUGUCGCACUGACGAGAAACCCUUCAGCUGCAAUGUGUGUGGGAAAAGAAUCAUGCAGAAGGGCUACUUGAAGACACACAUGAGGACCCACACAGGAGAGAGACCGUUCGGCUGCUCCGUCUGCAGUAAGUCCUUCUCACAAAGUGGGAGUUUACAGAGACACAUGAGGACGCACACUGGAGAGAAACCCUAUAUUUGCUCCGUUUGUGGGAAAGCUUUCAGCGAAACCGGAAACCUGAAGGUUCACAUUAAAACUCACACGGGAGAGAGACCGUACAGCUGCUCCGUGUGUGGGAAAGCUUUCAUCGAGAGUAUCCACCUGAAGGUGCACAUGUGGAACCACACGGGGCAGAAACCUUUCGGCUGCUCCUUGUGUGGGAAAAGAUUCCCCUGCAAUGAGAAUUUGGUGCGUCACACGAGGACUCACACGGGAGAGAAGUCGCUUGGCUGCAGCUGAUGAAGAGGACUGCGGAGGACGGGGGAGACCAGACAAGAAGUAGUCUUAAUCAAAGCCGACAGAAAAAUGUCAGCGAGUUUUAGAAACACUUAGUAUGAGACUCUUUACUUUUACUUUUGUGUCACUUACUUGUGUUUUCACAUGACGAUCCACUCAGGAGAGAGACCGUCAACCUCAAGAGUCAGAAACAGGAAGUGAAAGCAGGAAGUGGAGCUGCUGCUGAUUAUUACAUAUUAAAGUUAAAUAUUUAGCUGCUUAUUAUUCAGCAACGUUUUCUCUUCAGUUUAACUCUUCAAAAUCAGACACCUGUGGGUAGCUGAGGCCUUUGUCUUCCCCAUCGCCACGUCAUGACCUCAUGUUACUGUACGUUCUGUGCAGAUAUGGUACUUUGCUGUAAUGACGCCAGCAUUUCCCCGUUAUGACUGCAGGAGAUAGUUGUUUCCAUAAUCCUGUGUAUAUAUAUUUAUCAAAAAUAAAACCUGUAAAAGUUUGAAUAUUCAGCUAAAGGCACAAAACACGCCGGUGGUGAACGCCAUGUGUCAACAAAUAGGCCCCUGUUAUUUUCAACGUACGACCCCACACUGGUGGUGGCAAGAAGUGCGUUGGUGCUCUGCCACUGUCCUGUUUCCAGCCUCGCUGCCCCCACAUUUAAAUGCAUUUUCCCCACUAGCAGCUCUUGUCUGCUCCCGUAGCAGCUCGACUCCUCUCCUCAUCACAGAUGUGUAAAGAGAACUCUGUAGCUGUUUCUAACGGAUGAGGAGAGACUUGAAAAACAUGCUAAACUAAAUGACCCACAAUCGUUGUGACAACCUAUCAGAUACUUCCUGUGAUUUGAAGCUUAAGCCUAGUUCACAUUACACGAUUUUCACCACGAUUUUGACGUCGCAGAGGAUCUUGAGAGCCACUUUGG